AUGUCCCUCCUCGACUUCCCCGAGCCGCCCACAGAGGCCGCCAUCGCUCACGCCCGCGCCCAGCUCACCCGCUACCACCAAGACUCCAGAGCUCUCGAGCGCAAAAUACAGGACGAGCGCGAUGCUCUCGCACGCAUCGUCGAUGAACGCCAGGGCGCAAUCCGCGAGAUGGAGAAGGAGCUCGCGUGCCUUGAGGACAAGGUCGCGCUCGCAAGGGCCUACGUCUCACCCAUCAAACGCCUCCCCAACGAGCUCCUCCGCCACAUUUUCAUGUUCAACUUCGACGAUUGCGCCUGGUCCGCGUGGGUCCUAUCUGCAGUCUGCUCAUUGUGGCGCAGGCUUGUAUUGAACAUGCCCAAACUGUGGUCCAAGAUUCGUCUCGUCACAACGCAGGCCUCAUCCGCAGAAACGAUACGCCUAUGGCUCGAACGCUCGGGCCGCACAGUCCCGCUUGACAUCGAAAUCGUCCUUCGCUCCCCCUCUGUCCACUCAGGGCCCGCCGACGGUCUCUCCCGCCGGCGCUAUCUCUCCCUACCGCCUCAUGCCGCUGGAGAUCCCUGGGUUGCUGGCAACGGCGGCUGGCCGGCCACGCCCCCGCUUCUCCACACUCCUCCAGCAACGGGCGGCGGCGCGACUGCUGUGCACCUGCAGAUAGGAGGCGUGCACCCCACUGUGCAUGUCGUUCCCGUGCAAGCUGUUGUUGCAGGCGAUGCAAUGGGACCAGCGCCGCCCUCUCCCCCUCAUACCCACACUACGGACUGGGAGCCUCCGAUGCUGAUGACCCCCGAGCGAAGCACCCUGUCGCAACAGCGCCUGCGGAAGAACAUGCACUGGGGCCACAUCGCGUUCUACUACCUCGUCGAGCAGAUGCACCGGUGGGAACGGUUUGUCUUCAGGUUUGACAAGCAGUUCGCGUCGAUUGGUGCGCUCAAAGCGAUAGAAGGUGAUGCUCCGUUGCUACGCGAGUUCGAAAUCUCCUGUACAGAUCCAGCUUUCUAUGGCGAGUGGAAAUGGCUACCAUCCGCACCUGUCAACGCCCACUUCGACAUUAGCAACUUGGACACAUUGACACUCUACCAUGUGCCCUUCAAGUGGUCUUCGCCAAUGCUCCGGAACCUUCGGAACCUGCAGCUACGGAGUUUGCCUACAGUUCAUAUCACACUUGAUCGGAUAUUGCACAUCGUCGCGGCCAAUCCGCUGCUCGAGUCGCUCACCAUGCACUUCGCCUCGCCACAUCCGCCGGUACUCCCGCUGACUGCCGUAACGCUAUCAGAGCUGAAGACGCUGAACCUGGGCGGGCACUACCUUCUGUCCAACCUGGUCGAGUCGCUGAUGCUGCCCGCGCUGGACACGCUCAUCCUCGACAUCGAGGCCCGCGACCCGAUCGAGGACACCGUCUCGGGCCUGCUCACCCGCUCCGGCAACCCGCCGCUCACCCGGCUCUCCCUCUCAUACGGCGCCAAUACCGGCCCGCAUGCCGGCUUCUACUGGGGCUCCGGCGCCGGCGUCGCCUCCUGGCACUUCCUCUCCGAGCUCGACCACCUCGCCGCGCUCCAGGUAGGGUCUGCGCCCCUGGAGCCGCUCAUCUCCGCGCUCAGCGCCCCAGACGACGACAACGGGCAGGACCGGUGGAUGUGUCCGAACCUGACGACGCUCGCGAUGCGCGGGUGCCACGCGCACGGGGACGGGGUCGCGAAGCUGGUGCAGAUGGUCGAGAGCCGGAACCCGGACACGGGCGCGGGCGCGGGCGGCGGGGGGCAGGUGUUUGGGGGCGUGACGCCGGCGCGGCUGCGGCACCUGGAGCUGUACGACUGCACGGCGCUGGGCCCGGACGUGACCAAGUGGCUGAAGACGCGGAUCGAGGAGGUGGUGUGCACGGAGCCGAGCUUCGAAGGGUGCGUCGGCCGCCUUGUCUUGGUGCAUUGA